AUGAUGCAAGCCGCCGCCCUCCAUCAACCUGUGGCUACCACCCUUCUAGCCGAGUCUACUACGACUACUACUACUACUACUACUACUACUACUACUACUCCUCCUCCUCCCCCUUCUGCUAGUACUACUACACCCUCUGUUACUGCUCUCAAGGGAACCCCCACUUCCUCUCCCCUCCCAUUCCCUCCCUCCCAGGCCCUUCCCUUGGAGCCUGCACGCACAGUCGUCACCAUAUACGGCCCAGGACAGGACACCAUUGUUCAGGUGGUUUCAGAUAUCCUGGGAAAGCCAUGGACAACAGAGUCGUCACUCUCAACGUUGGGGCGCGGGAGUAAUGCGGUCGUGAUAGGAAUCCAGGCAGCCGACCUAGCCCGGGAUCUGGAAGGCUGCGACAAGGCCUCCUGUAUACUGGUCAAUACCCAUUGCGUGGAUGAUGGCUCUUUCCCCGACGAAGCGCUCACCGACUCAUGCGAUUAUGAGUUUCUUUAUUCCCUGCGUAGUCCGUUCUUCCGGCGCGAUCUCACCCGCUUCCUGUCGCUGAUUCUGGGCCAAACCCGGCCGCAUGAGGACUUGAAAACCAAGAACCGCACCAAUUUCAUUUCGACGACAUUUCCAGAUGUCCAUGCGGCACUGCCAAAUCUGGACAUUCUCUCCGUGGGAUCUGACGCGGUUGAAAUCCGUGUGGAUUUGCUGGUCGAUCCCGUUCCCCCAACCCCGCCGAGCCCUGUGCCGAGUUUGCGAUAUGUGGGACAGCAGCUGAUGCUACUGCGACAGCAUACAGAGUUGCCGAUUAUCUUUACGACGCGCUGCACGAAAGAGAACGGGAAAUUCCCCAUGGAGGAUCCGAGUCUGUUCUACCGGUAUCUCCGGCGCGCCAUUCAGUGGGGUGUCGAAUACAUUGACGUCGAGCUAUGGCUGCCGGAGGAAAUCCGGCGCACCCUGGCAGAGGGCAAGGGCAAUAGUGUGAUCCUGUCUGCGUUUCACGACUUCUCGGGGUCGUGGCGAUGGACAUCCCCGGAGGCGCCGCGGAUCUUUGAGGAGAGCGCCAAGUACGCGGAUAUCGUCAAGAUGAUUGCGAUGGUGGAGACGGUAGACGCCAACUAUGAGUUAGAGUACUUUCGCUCGACGAUCAAGCAAACCCACGGGCCGUACCCACUCUUGUCUGCAGUGAACAUGGGCCAGUUGGGGCAGCUAUCGCGAGCCCUCAAUACGGUGUUUUCCCCGAUUACCCACCCCCUAUUGCCAAUGAUCGCGGCCCCUGGGCAGUUAACCGCCGCCGAGAUUAAUGAGGCGCUACACAUCAUGGGCCAGCUGCCCAAGCGGGAUCUGUACGCGAUCGGGUCCUUCCGGUCGACCCCGCAGUCCAUGUUUAUGGAAAAGUGCUUUAACGAGCUCAGUCUGCCGCACACGCUGACCUCAAUCGACCGCGGCCCAGCGGGGUCCAUCGAACGGGUAAUCACGCAGCCCAGUUUUGGCGGCGCGGCCCUACACCCUCCGAUCAGCAGCAAUACCUCGUGCCUGCCGGCUAUUAGUGAUGCCGCGCGGGCGAUUGGUCUCGUAGACACGAUCGUGCGGAGCGACGCGGCGGGAUCGCAGCCCCCACUGGUCGGCGAGAACGCCACCUGGAAGGGGAUCAGGGCGACGCUGACGCGGGACUACGUGCCGUCAGCGUAUCGUGGGCGGGCGGCAAUUAUCCUAGCGGGCCGCGAAAGUGAAGUCUCAGCUAGUAUCUUGGCCCUACGCAGCCUAGGAGUUGGGGCGAUCUACACGGCAGGGUUUCGGGGCACCGGUCCACUGGCCGCGGGAUUGGAGCCAUUCACGUCGAUCCAGUCGGUGAAACUCGUAGAGCAACCAUUUGUGAUUGUGUCUGCGCUCCCACCGGAGAAGUCACAGCUGGUGCAGCCACUCCUCCGGCACUACCGCAGCAGCGGCCGUGCGUCGCCCCCGUCAACGCGGGGGAAGGUGUACCUAGAUCUCACCCGUGGGGAACGCACGGGAGACCCGGUUGGGGUUGCGGAGCGAGCGGGGUGGACGGCUUAUGGAAUUGAGGAAGUGAAUGCAUGGACGACCGUGGAAACGCUGCGGCUACUGGUUGGGCAGAAUGUACCGUUUGAUUUUGUCCGAAUGGCGUCGGGGAGGAUUCCCCAGACCAUCCCCGCAUCGGAGGUUAGUCCGGGAGUUAACUGCAAGCAGGUUAGUGGUGGUGAACACGAACGAAUGUCCCGUCCCCAGGUCAGCAUCGACCGCUUAACCCCUCGCAGGGUUACUGCAGAACCCCGCGAAUCGAUGAAUUGCAAAUCUUGUCGAAAACGAAAAGUCCACGCUAUCCCCAAAAAACGAGGCCCCAAAACAGACGUCCUGGAAGCUCUCCUCAAACGUGUUGACGGUCUUGAAAAACGUCUCCAGGAUGACAACCUCCAUCCUUUGUCGCCUGCUUCCCCGGUCAAACCCUCUGUUGACCGUCCUCCUCCUCCUCAGCAGCAGAACCAGCAACAUCCUUCUGUUUCUUCCUCCACGCCUUCAUUUCCAAUCCAGUCCCCGACGGUGCUACCAGGAAUCCUCCCUUUUACUCAUUCGCAACCCCCGCCGUUGAAUCCCGGUCGCAUGCCCGAUGCCAUGCUCGACGCCUAUUUUGCGCGUCUGCAUGGUAAGCCUUUUUUUAUUCUCGAUGAGACAUCCACCCGUCGGCAACAUCAGAAUGGCCAGCUACCGGUGUAUCUUUCUAUGGCCAUUUAUUCUUUGACUUUACGGUAUACCACGGCAAAUCCUCCCCCUGGGAGGAGUCUGGACUAUGCGCGACAGGCUCGUCGCAUGGUCGAUAUCGACCAUCCAUCGAUUGAGAAUCUUCAGACUCUCCUGCUUCUUUCUUUGACGUUUUUUGCGUAUGGCUGCGGGAAAAAGGCCUAUAUGACUUUAGCCAAUGCGGUGUCCAUGGUCCUCGCGCUCGAUCUGUAUCGCGAACUUCCCACCUCCAAUCCCGCGCUACCUCCCGAACGUGAAGUGCGCCGCCGCCUCUUCUGGACCGUCUACGUGAUGGAUCGCUUCCUCACCUGCGGGUCCAAACGCCCGUGCCUGAUUGCCGACCACUCCAUUGUCGUGCGCCUGCCAGCGUCCAGCAGCUCGGGUUCUGAUCCAGGCGAUGUAUUCAACCCCGUAGGGCCUAAUAUCCCGUACUCCUCCGACCGUCGCAAAGGCCCUAGCUCCUGUGCUGCCGCUCUUCUCGUCGAUAUCACCCGCAUCCUCGGCGUAACGCAUCGCUACCUCGCCGCUGGCGGCGUCAAAGGCGACUCACAUUUCCCCUGGCACGCCCUCUCCAACCUCUCCAAAAUUCGGCAGGAACUGGACCUGUGGGCGGCUGGUACACACGACCUCUUCGCCUCAAUCGAAGCCCUUUUCGGCCAUCCAGAGAGCACGCUUCUCCUCCUCAGCAAACUCAUCUACCACCUUGUCCACUGCCUACUCUAUCGACCGUUUCUCCCUAUUGACCUUGCCGAACUCCGCGGCUCCGGCCAGCAUCAAAGCUGGCAGAUCGAGGCCACCACCCUCUGCUUCUCCCAUGCGAACGCGAUCGCCGAACUCGUCGAGCUCGCCCGCCACGCGCCACGAAUCGAAUGGCCCGCUCUUGUUGCGUACUGCCUCACCGUUGCUGGUACCGUCCACAUCCACGGCGUACAUUACCACGGCCGUCACGACGGCGAGGUUUUUGCUUCUAGUCCGGACUUUCUUGCCAGGGAAAUGCACCAACUCGUUUGGCUGCGCCAGUCCUGGUCGGGAGUCCAACACCAGCGUGACUUGCUUCAAACCCUCUCCGUCUGCCAUGCAGACCUCGUGCGCACCCUUGCCGUGCGACCUGUACGCUUUGCACCUGUCUUCCACCUUGAAGACUUUCUCGACCGAUAUCCUGGCCUUGUCAUUGACGGAAGCCACGUGCGUCUCAUUGACAUAGACGAAACAAUGGAUCUCGACCCUCAACUCUUGUAUCCUCCAACCCUCCCAACCCAAAACGGCCCCAGUCAUGUUCAUGCCCACGCCCACCGCGUCUCAACCUCCUCGCUCUCCUUCCACCCAUCCCCAACCUGGCCCGAAAUCUCAACGGACCCCGAACUCCUCGACCCACACUCUACCACCACAACAGGAGGCGUGUUCUCUCCAGGCGUCCGCCUCGGCAGUCCUGGCACUACCAACACUGGCAUAGGCAUCGACGUUGGCACGGCUACGUACGCUACAUUCCCAUUCGAGGCGGUUCCGUCCGUCGAAACCCCGGGCGGACAAUCCAGCACAGGGAGCGCAAGCAAUCCCGGAGCUAGCUCUGGAAGCGGUUCCGGGGCAGCCGCAGACUCAGAAAAGGAUCCGUUCUUGAGUUUACUGGAGCAGUUAGCUGAGAACGAACAUAGUCAGGGCGGGCCAAGCGAGUUGGAUUUUUUCUUGGAGGGGUUGGAUGAGAAGGCACGAGGCAAAAGAAAGAGAUCUGAGAUACUUCAGUCCAUCCUCAAAACAUCCAAAUCUCUUCCCCGCGCAACAAAUAUCAACCCGACUCUUCCGCCUGAUAUCCCGUCUGCCAGCCAGGAAAAGCUACUCGCCUUCGCCCGGGGUCUCCCUCGUCCUCGACCCAGUUCUCGCUCCUCAGAAGGCGUCCUUAUAGAUCUGGAUCUAGACAACCUAGAAUUUCAAUAUGAGGACACUCCCGCCGAAGGCGGCGACGACUACGAGAUUGUAAAACAAUACAUCCAGCAAGAAUUCCCAGGACCAGUGUACCCGCACACACUCUCCUCUUCGUAUCGUCGAUACCGAUCACAAUCCGAGUCGAAUCCGCACUCGCAUGGCCUUUCCCUUUCGCACCUGAACCCGUUACAUUUCCACCGGAAGAGGCUGAAUAGUCUGGGCUCUUCUGUCUCUGGCUCUGGUGGCUCCACACUCAUCACCGAGCCGGGAAUGUUAAGGGAGAGAAGAGAAGCAGUAACAUAUUACAAUCUCAUUUCGUUUAUCGCUUUUCUCACAAAGGAGUUUCUACUUGGUCGGGGGGCGGGCGAAGAAAUCGCCCUUGAGAUGAUAGGGGGGGCCUUGAAUCCUCCGUUUUCCCAUCAUCAUUCUCACUCUCACCACCAUACUCAUAAUCAUGUCGCUCGCUCUGGAGAUCAUUCCCAUUCCCAUUCCCAUUCCCAUUCCCGCUCGUACUCAUUCCCAAAUACAUAUCCGAGUCUGCGCGCAACCCCAAAACAAUCUCCCCCCCCACCCAAGUCCGAAAAACGAAUAAGCAUAACACAAACCGAAACCGACAUCCCAGAUAUCAAUCCAACCCAGGAUGACCCCGACCCCGACCCCGACCCCGACCCCGACCCCGAACGAGAACCCGAACGAGAACGAGAACGAGAAAAAACCGCCCUUUUGAACGUCCAUCUCACGGCCGCGUCGCUCUGGCUGAUAAUUAUGGGCGAGGAGAUCUGGGAAAGAAGGGGCAGCGACAGCACGCCGUCUUCCUCGUCGCCGUCGCCAUCGUUUCAGAAGCCAGCCGGGUCAACGUUGCAUUCCGGCCUUGAUUUUCUCUCGGGGUUUACCCCCUCUGCCUCUCUCUAUACUCAUCCUGCUACUCCUACUCCUACUAAUCCGUUCGAGAAUGGCCCAUCUCUAGCUGGGAAACAGAAGCGCAAUCACAAUCACAAUCAUGGCCAUGGCCAUGGCCAGAUCACCGUAUCCCGGGAUCACUGGCAAACAUGGAUCAACCGACUGCAGUUCCUUUCUUUACGGGAGGAUUUGGACAUUGCUGCUAGGGAGGGAGCGGCGGAAAGUGCAGCUGUUAUGAGGAGGGUUUGA